UGAAACGCAUGGGUCCACAACUGGCACAAGCAGCAAUGAUUUAGCAUAAUUUGCUACAAUCCCUUUCCAUUGAUAUAUAGUUUUUAAAUGAGAAAAUGAAGUAAUUAUUGCAAAUCUUUAAAUGGCGUCCCGGCGAAAAGCAGAUUUACUGGAGUCGGAAGAUAUAUCAAGUGAUGGCAUUGGCCGUCGAUCUACCACAAGACAUAUGGUGUCACUGGCUGUGUCCUCCGCCUGCGGCUUUGUGUUUGGAUUUGCUAUUGAAAAGGGGAAAGUUCAUGAACCCUUUGUUGUUAAAAAUCAGAUGUUGUUGUCUCAGUUUGUGAUGAUGAAAAUGUUCCUUUCUGGAGUCAUCUCAGGAAUGUUUGUGCUAUCUGUCAUGUCCAUGCUGCCAUUCACUAGACACCAGUAUCUCUGUGCCAAGUCUGCUUUUGUCAGAGGCCUCAAAGGCAAGGGGUUCCAGGCUGUUUGCCUUGGGGGAGCCUUGUUAGGCUCAGGCAUGGCUAUUGCUGGAAGUUGUCCAGGAGUAGUCCUUGCUCAAGUUGGAUCAGGAACUCAGAACUCAAUAUACACUCUAUUGGGAGCUUUAUUUGGUACACUGCUGUAUGGGAUAUUAGAGCCAGUGGUUACAGAUCUGACAAAACCUGAACAAGCAAUAAGAUACCAAUUUUUGUACAAUGUUUAUGGAUCUCCAUUCUUUGUGAUGGCCUUGCCUACUGCAGCAAUACUCUCAUUGGUUAUUUUUACCUUGGAGCUUGCUUAUCCAUGGGAAGAGGAAAUUAGUAUUACAGAUUCAGUCUAUGAAUCAAGCAGCUGGAUUACCUCCCCUGCAUGGCCUCCAUUUUUGUCUGGUGUUGUUGUUGGGACCCUACAAAUUCCUCUAGUUUUGUUUGUGGGUGACACUUUAGGUGCCAGCAGUAGUUUCUGUACUAUCACCUCCCAAGUUUUCCUUCACAAGUCUUCGAAAAGAUUGUCACCAUAUCUCCUAAAAUUCCAAACAGGCUUUCCAAACUGGUGGCAGGUAACUUUCAUGUUAGGCUCUAUAUUUGGGGCUUUCUCGUCAUCCAUACUCUCAGGCAGCUAUGGGACAGUUGUUGGGGGUUCUGUCAUCCAGUCAUUUGUGGGAGGAGCCGUGAUUCUCUUUGGGGCACGUUUAGCAGGAGGAUGCACUAGUGGACAUGGGCUGUCUGGAAUGGGUUUAUUAAAUAUGCUUUCUAUCAGUACGAUGACGGCCAUGUUUGUGGGAGGAGCACUCACUGCCCGGAUACUGCAGUGGAUUGGUUAGAAAGAAUGAACCAAAAUGUUGACAGGCAUUUGACAUUAACCUGCUAUCUACCAGUACUAUGGCAGCCGUGUUUAUUGGAGGACUACUCCUCUGCUCAGAUCCUGCAUUGGAUUGGUUAAAAAGAACAAGCCAAAUAAAUUUUUAUGUUGUUGACAGAUGUUUAACAUUUAUUUAUACUGUUGUGGUUUUUUUUUCAUUAUUAUUCAAUUGUUUAU